CCACCGCGUCUUCAAUCGCAACUCAAUUCUUGAGGUCUAGGACCCAGACCGAGCAACCUUUUGUUGCAGCUCACGGUUUAGCAUCAGCAAUUGACGAAGUUUCGAGUCAUCGAGUGCGACAGGAAAUCCGAACGACGGCACUCAACACCUGACGACUAUAAUAGAGUAUGCGCGGGCGACGGAAACUUCUCUCACCCAGUCGCGUGCGCUGAGAAGCGCAACAUAUCGCCGAAAGAGGCAUACAGCUACCACAAGCUAGACACGAACCUUGUUCCAUCGAUUCAGAGCUCAGCACGUGUGUUCGCCAGCUCUUGCGACGCAAACGAUCACGCACAAUGUCCGCUACAGCGCUAUCCAUACCCGAGCAAAUUCACCAGCUGAACGACGCGCGCAAGUUGGUUCUCAGCGAUGUCAAGCACUACCCCAAUGUUGUUCGCGGAAUAGUGCCAGUGAUCAAAGGCACCUCAGCUCUCGAACUGCGACGAUGGGGUGCCGACUUUUUGGCGGAAGCCUUCGCGACUCCCGCGCUUCCAACUGGCGAGAAGGAGACAAUGCAGCCCUACGUCAUGGAGUGGUUGGAAUCGAUACUGAACAACGAAAAAGAAGACAUUCAAGUGUUGAGGAGCGUUAUACAGACAGCCGCCAGUAUUUACCCGCUGGCCAUGCGGUGGACGAUCAAUAACUCGUACGACAAAACCACGUGGGACAGGAUGAUGGCAAUCAAACAACGUAUACUACAAAUUUGGGACACCUCUGGAGCCAGUGUCAAGAUCUGCUGCGUCAAGUUCGCGCAACGGGUGGUGUUAGCGCAAAGCGUCACCUCUGGCCACGAAGCACGGUAUGGCGGCACGCUUGAUGUAUCGCUUGACAAAGUGCCUCCCAAUCAUCAGCUCUUGAGCACCCCGAGCCUCGAAGCAGAAGGUAUGGGUCUUUUGGACCGUAUGCUUGGUGUAUUGCAUGAAAGCAGUGACGCCCUCGUCGUUGACGCGACAAUCAAUUGCUUAUCCAUCCUCAUUCGCACACGCCCUGGCACCUCCUCACGCAUAUUGAAUGCCCUCUUGAGCUUUGAUCCCUUGAAACUAGCUGAUGGCCCCAUGACAUCGAAACAGAAGGUCAUGGUCAGGUCAAUGGAGAAGACAACUCGCAUGCUCCUCAUCCAUCUCAGCAAGCGCGACCCCCAUAAUCCAAUGGUGCCACGUAUACAGCAGCAUGUUGAGCGUAUGAUGCGGGCCGUUGUUGACGCAUUCGAUGGGACGGGCAAGAAGAGGCAGCUCGAGGCCCCGGUUGGAGAGGCCCAAGGUGUGAAGAGACAACGGCUGAUACCAGCCGAGGUGACAAUUCCUCCACUUGGCCCAGGACCACACAGUCUCGCAGACGUCUAUGCCCUCACAGAUGCUGCCGGGCUCAAAUCCUUCGACAUCUCGCAAGUGCCUUCGCCAUUAAUAGCCAAGCUUGCCGUGAGCACGCUAGCCAGGAUAGACCCUCAGCUACUGGACAAAUCGAUAGCUGCUGUGCGAGAUCGUCUACAAGCAUUGGCUGCCGCCCCGGCCCCUGAAAUCAACGCGAACACGGCGCCAUUGGGCGUAGAUGAUGAUGACGACGACUACGAGCCCGACUUCUUCCAGGCAGAGGACGCUGAGCAGAUCCUCAACAAGCUUGAUGGCGCUCCAGCAGGUUCGCACGAGCAGGCUGCCGUGGAGGGUGCACUGGGCCUGAAGACAUUCAAUCUUCCACAACCUCCUCAAUUGUCACCAGAGUUGGCCCUCACUUCGGGCAACGACAUUGUAACUAGGGUUCUGGACAUGACCAAGACAAUGGACGAACCUGGGUCGAAGAAGGGCAAGGCAGGAUUCGCUCGACUUGCGGCCAGUUCUGGAAUCCGAGAGUCGUGGUUGACGAUAGUCACACGACUUGCCACGCGAUCAUCAGGGGGUCUAGAGGGCCCUUUGAUCAAGGGCGAGGACGACCCAAGCCACACACCAUCACUGAGCGAAAACAUCCGGGAUGUACUGUACAGUUACAUCAUGGAGGACUUUCGAAAACACAUUGACAUCUCUGUCUCCUGGCUUACAGAGGAAUGGUACAACGACAAGAUGCAGAGCAAAACUGGCGGCGAUCAGCCUAUGCACUACGAAGAAUGCGCACUUCGACUCAUAGAUGGGUUUUUGCCAUUCGUCCACCCCCAAGACAAGGUCCUGACGCGUUUUCUGAGCGAGCUGCCCGAACUGAACGAUACUAUCCUAGCACGAGUCAAGUCGCUCUGCAAGGAUCCUAGUAUCGUUCAAUUGGCCUUGACCAGUCUGUUGUAUCUGGUCAUGAUGCGGCCACCUAUCAAAGAACUAGCCCUAGACACCGUGCAAGACAUCUGGACAGAAUACGAGGAAGCGCGACCGAUCGCAACGAAAUACUUGACAAAGUAUAGACCAGCCUUCAUCCAGGCAGCGAACGAGGGCACGGACAAUACGACGGCUGUUGCGACUUGAAGCCCGGGUUGAGUCACGUCAACCACGAGACCGACUCGCGCGGUUCAAGAUCGGAGGUGUUAGUAUUAGCUGUAGAUUUGUACCAGGGACUAUCACGAGCAUUGGGAGGCGUUGUUGGGCCAUUCAGGAUCUGAGACCGUUUCAGGGGAUCAUGCAGCCUCAAAUACACUGCGAAAAUGACUUUUUUUCUGU